UCGUGCGCGCUGGACGUGUUGAUUUUUGAUCCCACAAAGCUACAAGCAAAACGAAUAUUAAGACCUAACAACAAAAACAAUAACAACAGCUAAAAAAAAACGAGGCAAUAAAAGGCCCGCAACGAGAGCCAAGUGCAUUGCAAAUUAUUGAAAGACCAAUAAACAGAAAUAAAGGCAAAUACAAUGAAACAAUUGCCAGCCCAGAUUGCAUAGAAACUGAGGCAAGUGAAACGCAACGAAAGUGAAGUGAAGUGAGGAGAAGAGAGCGAGAGAGGAGAGGAGAGGCGGGCAGAAGAGAUCGUCACAAUGGACGUCAAAGACAUCAAGGGCGCCAAGGUGACGCACGCGGGCCUGCUCAAGCACAACAGCGACGGCACCACCGAGACCCAAAAGAUCACACAUGCCGGCCUGGUGGCUCGCAGUCCCGAGGGCACCGCCGCCAAGGGCAUGAACAUACGCGGCAACGAGGACCUGUGGGUGGAGAUCCAGGCGAACACCUUUCGCAACUGGGUCAACGAGCAUCUGCGCGAGACGGGCAUGCAGGUGCAUGACUGGGCCACGGACUUCUGCGACGGCACCUGCCUGUGCGCCUUGGUGGAGAACCUGCAGACGCGUCCGCUGAAACCGUCGUGGAACCGCCGACCGGCCAAUCAGCAUCAUUAUCUGGAGAAUGCGACGACGGCGCUCAAGUCGAUCGAGGCGGAUCACAUCAAGCUGGUCAACAUCGGCAACGUGGACAUUGUCAAUGGCAAUGUGAAGCUGAUACUCGGCCUGAUCUGGUCGCUGAUCGUGCGCUAUCAGAUCGGACGCAGCAAAUUCCCGCCCAGGAAGCUGAUGCUGGCCUGGCUGCAGGCAGCGCUGCCCGACUGCAAGAUCACCAAUCUGACCACCGAUUGGAAUAGCGGCGUCAACCUGGCCGCACUGCUGGACUACUGCCAGCCGGGCCUGUUCCCGCACUGGCGCAGUCUCGAUCCUAGUCAGAGUGUGCGCAACUGCACCAAUGCCAUGAAUCUGGCGCAGCGCGAGUUUGGUGUGCCCAAGGUGCUGGAGCCGGAGUAUCUAGCCUCGCCCUGGCUGGACGAGUUGUCCGGCAUGACGUACCUGUCGUACUUCAUGAAGCCCGGCGGACCUGGCUACAAUGCCACCAUGCGCUGGGUCAACACUCAGGUCAAGGAGCCGGUGAAGAAUUUCACGACCGACUGGAACGAUGGGCGCGUGCUGUGCGAGGUCAUCAAGGGAUUGGGCGGGUCGGCGCCAGCGCCAGAUAAGCUGAGCACCGAUCCCUUCCACUUUGAGAACAAUAUACGCAAGGCGGUCGAUGCGGGCGCCAAGCUGGGCGUCCAGCCCAUAUUGACGCCCAAGGACAUGGCCAAUCCGGAAGUGGAGCAUCUGGGCAUCAUGGCGUAUGCAGCCCAUCUGCAGUGGGUGCCGCCCCGGCCGCCGCUCUCCGACCUGGUCAACGUGUACUUGGAGAGCACAUCCGGCCGUGUGGGCGAACCGACGCAUUUCCGGAUCGACGUGCUGUCGCGGGACAUCAGCUUGAGCUCGGUCCGUUGUCACGUGGUGCCGCCAUCCGGGCAGCCCGGCCAGUCGGUGCGCUUGAAUGUGCACGGCGAGGGCGUCUACGUGCCGGAGCGCUACGGCAUGCACGAGAUUGUCGUCGAGAUUGGCGAGGACAGCCUGGGUGGCCAUUUCUUCCGGGUGCUGCCACGACUCCUGCAGGUGGCGCCGCCCGGCAUGGCGCCCUGCGCCCUGGGCAGCCUGGUCGAGGUGCUGGUGAAUGCGACGGGCGCACCCAAGACGGAGGACAUUUUGGUCACGGCCGUCUCGCCCACGGGCAUCUCGCACAACUGCCCGCUGAAGAAGAUCGACGAGGGACACAGUGCCAUAUUCAAGCCGGAUGAGGCGGGCAUCUGGGAGAUAGCGAUCACCUACCAGGGCCGUCACAUCCAGGGCGGACCCUUCACCUGUGCCGUCUUCGAUGCCUCCGGCGUCUCGGUGCACGGCCUGGACGGUGCCAUGCCGCUGCGCGCUCACACCUUUGAGGUGGAUGCCCGUGGCGUGGGCGUCAACGGGGAGCUGCACGUGGACAUUGUCCAUGACAAGCAUUCGCUGGUCUGCUCCGUGGAGAAGAUCGUGGACAACAAGUACCGGGUGACCUUCAUGCCGCGCCAGAAUGGCAAAUAUCGUGUCUACAUCUACUUCAAUGGCUACGACGUCAAGGGCUCGCCCUUCAUCAUGCGCGUGGGCACGAAAGGUCGCUCGGGCAAGACGCGCAGCAGCCCGCUGCACGAGAGCAAACACCGCUCGGAGAGCCCCUCGAUGCACUUCAUCUCCACGACGAACACGCGCCACAACGACUAUCGCAACAGUUCGCUCAAUCGCCGGGAUCUGCACACGCACAACACGGCGGAGCGCACCAGCAGCUACUCGCCCCAAUAUUCGCCGAAGCUGGACACGACCGACUAUCACAGCUCCAGCUCCAGGUACUACAAGCGGGAGAGCGAGGAGAACAAUGGCCCGUCCCCCACACCGAACUCACCCACAGUCAAAUACCUGAACUCAGCCGAUCUGUAUACGGAAACGGGCAACGCUCGUCGCGACUCGAAGGCGUCCAACAGCAGCUCCACGAAGAACGACUACUACUACGACAAGGAGAACGAGCUCUAUAGCCAGCGGCGCAUUGUGAGCAAGCCGAAGCUGACGCCGCCGCGCGAGGAGCGAGAGCAGCUGAACGGCAUCGGCAUCGGCAUCGGCAGCAUCAGCAGCAGCAGCAGCAGCUAUCAGCGGCAUCAGCAGCAGCAGCAGCAGCUGACUAGCUCGCUCAGUCCAAUACCCAGUCCCACACUGAAUACCCGUUCAAGCGAGGUGCACUCGCACAGUCCGCUGACCAUCAAGACAUCGAAUCAGUUUGAGAGCUCGACGCGCAACAUCACCAGCAGUCCGCGCCACGCCUCCGCCUCGCCGGUGCAGCGCUAUUCGCCCAACAAUGCGUACAUCAGCACCGCCACACAUCGCAUUGGCAGCCCCGUGACCAGCACCCUGAACAAGAACGGCUACGAGUCCACGCGUGUGGAGAAGUCGUCCACUUACAAGUCCACUUCAAACUAUGUCACCGACUCGAGCGUGCGUGCCAGCCCCUCGUUGUAUGGGACAGCGGAGCGACUGCGUCGCACUGGCUCCCCCGAGCCGCGCAUCGAUCACUCCUCCAAUGUGCGCGUCUCGUCGAUGAAGCCGGCGUCAGCUCGCCGCGAUAGCUGGGAUGUGAUCAACAAGACGAAGCAUAUGCUCUCGCACAAUUCGCUCGAAUCGCUGGCGAAUAUGACCGAGACGCAGCUAAAUACGGAGCUCAACUACACACGGCCGGACCUGGACAAUGAGACGCAGCGCAAUACACAGUACAACAAAUUUGCGCUGCACAAACAGCAGCAGCAGCAGCAGCAGCACCAUCAAACGGACUAUCGACGGGAUUCACCUGACGACGUGGAUCGCUACAAACCUAGUGCCAUCACUGUCAAGUCCCAUUCGAACAACACCUAUACCGAUAAAUCGGGCGGCUAUACGAAGACCGUGAAGGAGUCCAGCGAGCAUAUCGUCACGGAGAGCAACGGUCACAGCUUGACAAGUGCUCCCGGCUAUGGCUACAGUUCGCUGUCGCGCUUUCGUCCCAUAGACAGCAAUGCGACCGGUGCUCGAGCCAUACGUGUACAGGACAUACCCAACGGUUCGAUUGGACGACCUGUGGAGUUCGAAAUCGACGGCUCCAAGGCUGGCUCUGGCAAUCUGGAGAUAUUGGUCAAUGGCGGUCGGGUCACCUCAUCGGUCCGUUCGCUGGGAGGGCAGCGUUUCAUUGCCAGCUUUACGCCUCACGAGCAUGGAACGCACACCGUGCAGAUCACCUUCAACGGAGAAACGGUACCAGGUUCACCGUGGCACGCUGAGAUCAUGUCGUCACCCGGCCUAACCGCUCUGGGCGAAUCCACGCGCCUUGUGCCCGCCAAUACGCCGGCGGUUUUUGAGAUACUGCCGCCUCCUGGACAAAGCCUGAGCAAGGGCGAGUGCGUGGCAACGGUCUUGACCCCAAACAAGUCAAAGCUGAAUGCCAGAGUCACCCAUGAGGCGGCAAAUGGUGCUGCACGCAUUGAGUUCGUGCCCACCGAGGUGGGCACGCACAUCAUUGAUGCGUCCAUCAAUGGCACGAAGAUCGCUGGCGGCCCUUUGAUAGCAAAGGUCUACGAUGCCAGCCUGAUCCAAGUGACCGAAGUGAACGGCGGCGUGGUCGGCCAGCCAUGCCAGUUCCGUGUGGACGCGAGUGCGGCUGGUGAGGGACAGCUGGAGAUAUCCAUCAAUGAGGGCGAGGUGCCCAAUCAUGUCCAGGUCGUUGGGGGCGGCCGUUGUCUCGUCUCCUUCACGCCCGAACAGGCCAAAUCCCAUCUGAUCGACAUCAAGUUCAACGGCGAGACGGUGCGCGGCUGCCCCUUCGUCUGCGCCGUGGCGGACACCUCGCGCGUCCUGCUCAAUCUGUCCAAUCUGGAGCUGAUACCCGUCAACCGGCCCUCCUCCUUUCACAUCACAGUGAGCGGCGGCGGUGCCGCCGAGCUGGCCGUCAGCGUUCGUGGCCCGCACGGAGAGCUGCCCGUUCGUGUCACCGGCGAUAUUCACGCCGGCUUCACGGCCGAGUUCACGCCCACCAGCGUGGGCGGGCAUUCCAUCAAUGUGGAGUACAAUGGCUUCGCCGUGCAGGGCACACCGUUCCUGGCCAAGUCAUAUGACGCCAGCAAAGUGGUCGUUGGUAGCGUCUCGCGUGGCACCAUGGGCCGACCCGUGCAGUUCACGGUGGAUGCCGGCGAUGCUGGCGAGGGCAAUCUGGAGAUAACCAUAUCGGCCAAGGGUCAGAAUAUACCCACACAGGUGCAUCCGCAGGGCAGUGCAAGAUUCUCCGUUUCGUUUGUGCCGACAGAGUCGUGCGAGCACACAAUUAAUGUCUCCUUUAAUAAAAUGCCUGUGCCCGGCUGCCCCAUAACCGUUGGCAUUAGCGGCGGCGUAGCCGGGCCUCAGGUGUCCCUUGGCGGACCCGGACCCGUCCAUCAGACCAAUUCUUUUGUUAUCAAUCACAAUGGCGGCCGUUUGGAAGACAUUGAGGUCAACGUCGAAGGUCCCGCCGGUCAAUCAGUGCCCGCACAGGUGCAUCAAUCAGCCGAAGGUGUCUUCAAGGCCGAGUUUGUGCCGCGCGUUGUCGGCGAACAUCGCGUCAAUGUCACUAUCAACGGUUUGCCCACAGCUGGCAGUCCAUAUGCAGCUAAGGUCUACGAUGUCAGCGCCAUCAAGGUGAAGAAUGUGAGCAGUGGCACGGUGGGUAAGCCUGUUACGUUCCUGGUGGAAACCUCACAGGCUGGUCCCGGCAAUCUGGAAGUCACCGUUAAUGGCGGACGUGUGCCCACCUCGGCCCAGGCGCAAGGCCAGCACACCUAUGCGAUUAGCUUUACGCCACGCGAGGCCGAGAGUCACACGGUGGAGCUGCGUUUCAAUAGCCAGGAUGUGCCCGGAUCCCCGUUCACUUGCCGGGUUGCGGCUGCUGCGCGCAUUCAGUCGCCCGAGUCCAUGGACAAGGUGAGCGUGGGGCGACUCUUUGAGUUUGUCGUCGAGUCGGACACGAAGCCAACCGUGGAGGUGCUGGGCCCGGCCAGACGCAGUGUGCCCGUAAAGAUCGAUCCACUUGGCUCCGGACUGGGCUACAAUGUCAAGUUCGAGCCCAUGGAGGUGGGCGAUCACUCGGUGGAGGUGCGCCUGCCCGGCGGCGGUCACGUGGAGGGUAGCCCCUUCCUGCUGAAGGCCUACUCGGCCGAGAAGGUCAUCGUGACGGACAUACGGCCCGGCGUGGUCAACAAGAGCGUCAGCUUCGGCAUCAAUGCCUCCCAGGCGGGCGCCGGCAACUUGGAGAUCAUCGUCGCCGUCAAUGGCAAGAAUGUGCCGAACUUUGUGCAAUCCGAGGGCAAUGCCCGCUUCAAGGUCAACUUCAAGCCCACUGAGGCGGCGACCCACUCGCUCUCGGUGCGCUUCAAUGGUCAUCCGGUGCCCGGCUCACCGUUCAGCUGCCACAUUGCAGCCGCCCCGGCUAGCUCGCAGGGCGCUCCACGUGCCCAGGCGAUGGGCGAGUGCCUGAAGCAGGCGGCCGUCAAGAUGGACAACACAUUUGAGCUGGAGGGCUUCGAGGGCAUCGAGCCACAGAUAUUUGUCACCUCGCCCGCCGGCGACAACGAGCACUGCCAGCUGAGCCAGCACGACGGCGGCAGCUACAGCGCCUCCUUCCGGCCCAGCACCGUGGGUCGCCAUCUGAUCAGUGUGCUGGCCAACGAUCAGCAUAUCAAUGGAUCGCCAUUCAGCUGCAAUGUGUUUGACGUCUCGCGCGUGAGCAUCAGCGGCCUGGAGCAGCAAUAUGGCCCGGCCACACUGGGCGUGCCAGUUACCUUCAGUGUGGAUGCAGCAGGAGCCGGCGAGGGCACCCUGGAGCUGGUCGUCUCCACGGACAGCAGCACCGUCAAAGCCGAGGUGGUGGCCUGCGCCCGUGGCCUCUACGAUGUCACCUUUGUGCCGCAGAGCACCGAGCCGCAUUACGUCAACAUCACCUUCAACGAGGUGGCCGUCGACGGCAGCCCCUUCCGUGUGGACAUACAGCAGCACACACAGCACAUACAGAUCGGCAGCUUGGCCGCCAUCGAUUUUCCAGCCGAUGACCAGAUCGUGGAGAUACUGGCGCCCGACCAGAAGCCCGUGCCCUACACCAUCAAUCGUCAGACGGCGGAGUUCCGGACUCACUCGACGGGCAACUACACGCUGAGGUUCAUCGAUCGGGAGACCCGACAGCACAUCGGCACACGCACCUUGUGCGCCUUCGAUCCGAUGCUGGUGAAGAUCACCGAGGUGGGCGAGGCCAUCUGCCAUCGUCCGGCCAGCAUCAGCGUCUCCCUCAACGAGGCUGGGCAGGGUGACCUGUCCGCCCUGGUGCGCUGUGGCGUCACCGAAGUGCCGCACACCAUACGCGGCCCGAGCAAGUCGGGCGUCUACGAGAUCGUCUAUCAGCCGACGCGGGUCGCUCCGCACAAGAUUAGCAUUCUGUUCAACGACGUGCCCAUUUCGCUGAAGCCACUGGAGAUUAACGUGCUGCCCGCCAGCGCCGGCAAGGAGAUCAGCGUCAGUGGCUUAGGCCUGUAUCAGGCACGCGUGGGCAAGACCACAUCGUUUGCCAUCGACACCGUGAAGCGGCCGGCACGCGAAUUCGAUGUGGUUGUCUCCGGGCCCGGCGGCCAGGCGCUGCCCGUGCGUUGCUACCAGACGAAGAACGGACACCUGCAGGCAGAGUUCAGCAUCAACAAGCCGGGCCAAUGCGUCAUAGAGGUGCUGCAUCAGUCGAAGCCGCUGCCGGGCAGCCCAUUCACCUGCGAGGCCUUCGACAGCAGCAAGGUGAGCGUGCAGGGCGUCAGCAAGGAGCCGCUGGCACUGCAUACCGCCAACAGCUUUACCGUGCGCACCGACAGCGCCGGCACAGCCGAGCUGGAAGCCUUUGCCAUCUCGCCCACCAACCAGAGCCUGCCCGUGCACAUUACCGAGCAAUCCGAGGGCAUUUACAAUGUCGAAUUUGUGCCCUCCCAGCCAGGCAACUAUAAGCUAACUCUAAUGUACGGCGGCGAAACGAUUCCCAGCUCCCCGCUCACCUUUAGCGCCUCCUCCAGUGGCGUGCGCAAUGAUGCACGCGCUGCGGGCCACGGCCUGGAGGUGUGCCAUCGCAACAAGGAGGCCUCCUUCGUGGUCUACUGCCCCAUUGCGCCCAAUGUGCAGAUCGAGCGCAUCGACGAGUUUGGCGAGCGCAUCGAGCCCAAGAUCAAGGCGCUGGGCAACAACGAAUGGCGCAUCUCCUAUGUCAUCCUGUCCGUGGGCACCUACGAGAUCCGCGCCAGCUGCCCCAAUCGCGGCAGCCUGCCCGGGUCGCCGUGGCGCGUCAGCUGCGUGGAGUCGACAAAGGUAACGCCAGUCGGUGGCUGGGGCACGCUGGUGGAUCACGACGGACGCUUGAUACUGCCGGCACGCAUCAUCUUCGAUGUGGAGAAUGCCGGACCCGGCAAGCUGGUCUGCAGCAUCGACGGCAUCGAGAUACCCGUGGACAAGCUGGCCGAUGGCAAGAUGUGUCUCAACAUCACUGGCGACAACUUGGCCGCCGGUGAGCAUGACUUGGACCUGACCUGGUCUGGCCUGACCAUCACGCAGUGCCCGCGCAGCGCCUUUGUCACCGGCCAGCAAGCCGCUGACAAGGUGGUCCUGAUGGGUCGUGGCCUGGCUGCCGCCCAAGCUGGCGAGGCUGCUCACUUCACCAUCGAUGCAUCGAAUGCGCCAGCCGGUCGACCGGAGGUUAUAUUGAUUACCCAAGAUAAUACGGCACUGCCCGUCAGUCUGGCCCAGCCGCGACCCAGCGAAAAUAUCUGGCUGGCCUCGUAUACGCCGCAGAAGUCCAUGACGGGCACGCUGACGCUCUCGGUAAAGUGGAACGGACGCCUGGUCAAGGGCUGUCCGCUGACCGUGGCCGUUGGCUCGUCGAUGGACGCCUCCAAGGUGAUUGCAUCUGGCGAGGGUCUGCGCCACGGCAUCGUUGGCAAGGACAUCAAGUCCUGGAUAGACACGCGACGCGCUGGCCCAGGUGAGCUGACCGCCCACUGCGCCGGCCCACGCAAGGUGGCCUACUGCGAGCUGUACGAUCAUGGCGAUGCCACCUUUACGCUGAACAUCAAGCCACAAGAGCCGGGUCGCCAUCUGCUGACCAUCAAAUACGGCGGACAGAAUGUGCCGGGCUCUCCCUUUGCGCUUAAAGUGGCGGGCGCUCCCGAUGCCAGCAAGGUACGCGUCUAUGGACCUGGCAUUGAGCACGGCGUUCUGGCCACCUUCCAGUCGCGCUUCAUUUGCGACACACGCGGCGCAGGCGCUGGCCAGCUGACGGUGCGCGUGCGCGGACCCAAGGGCGCCUUCCGCGUGGAAAUGCAGCGCGAGAGCCAAAAGGAUCGCACCAUUUUAUGCAAGUACGAUCCAACGGAACCGGGUGACUAUCGUGUCGAAGUGAAAUGGGCCGGCGAAUUUGUGCCCGGCUCGCCGUUCCCCGUCAUGAUCUUCGACACUGAGGAGGAGUUACGAAGGUACUUACAGGGCAUAUGAGGCCAGAUCAACCAUCCCAUCAUCGUCUUCCCCAGUGGCCUAAGCCCGUCCAUACGCUAUCAGCCGGCAGCUUUAACGUAUCAGCGUAACCAGCAGGUGUCACGUCGCGACGCCUGUGUGCCGCUCUAGCGAAUGCCACAAAAAUAAUAUAUAUAUAUUUAUAUAUGUAUUCAUAGUUUAUAUGUGGGGUAUAUACAACUAGCUAAAAAUCUAGAUCGCGCAGAUCAACCAAUUUAUAUAUAUGUAUAGAUAUAUAUAUAUCUGCAUAUACAAAUAUGUUACGAGUACUAACUAGUUAAGUUUUAAAACCGAACGAAACGAAUCGAUUACGAUUAGGCUAAAACAAGAAAACAAGAAAAUGGGAAGAAGCCUGGGCUAAAGGGCACAAUGGCUUUGGCGCUACGAUAAAUAGCUUUCUGUUCUUAUAGUUUUAGACAUUACCUAAUACAUAUGUAAUACAAUGUUAUUAUUGCACCAAUUUGAUCCAAAUGUGUAAUAACCUAUACAAAUAAAAUAAAUAAUAUAUAUACUAACGAAACG